AUGUAAUUGAGUUGCUGGGCAGUGAACAGAACGGUUGCGAACUGAGAUCUACCUUGUAAUUUUGAAGGCGAGAGGCAAGCACAGUCCUGCUGUUUCCUAAACUGCUUUGUGCUCCAGCUACUUACGAAUAAUGGCAACAGAUUGUGAGGCAUGGCUUAAUGCCAACCCAGUAGAGGCAGAUGAUCUCAGCGACUCUUAUAUGUCUGGAGACGAGGAGAAAAGCAACAGCGCAAAAAUAAACAACGAAAUCAACGGCAACUGGAUAACGGUCCCAGCCGGCACAGUUCAGGAGGCCCGGCUCAAGGCCAAGGCCAAGCGCCGUCUCCGGAAGAACUCGUCCAGGGACUCUGGCAGGGGCGACUCUCUCAGCGACAAUGGGGACACCGUCCGGUUCGGUCCACCGCCCACCAGCCCCAAGGGCAAGGUGCUUGACCGCAGAUCACGCCAGGGAAAAGGGAGAGGCCUGCCAAAGAAAGGUGGUGCCGGUGGGAAGGGUGUGUGGGGCACACCCGGGCAGGUGUACGAGGACGAACAGCAGGUGGACGUGCGAGACCCCAACUACGACGAGGAUCAGGAGAACUGCGUGUACGAGACGGUGGUACUCCCGCUUGACGAGGAUGCCUUUGUUCGGACAGUCACGCCCAUCGUGAAGGAAUACUUUGAACACGGUGAUGCUUACGAAGUAGCGGAGCUGCUGAGUGAACUGAAUCUGGGCACUAUGCGUAGUGAUGUUCCCCUGCUGGCUGUCUCCUUGGCGAUGGAGGCCAAGGCCAGUCACCGGGAGCUGACUUCCCGCCUCCUCAGCCACCUGUGUGGGCGGGUCCUCACGCACUCAGAAGUGGAGGCUGCCUUUCACAAGCUCCUGCAAGAGCUCCCAGACCUGGUGCUGGACACGCCCACAGCGCCCCGGCUGGUGGGCCAGUUCAUCGCCAGGGCAGUGGCAGAUCACAUCCUUCCCACAAACUUUGUGGAAGGUUACAAGGGCCGGGUGGACUGUGGGCACACACGGGCUGCUCUGGACCGGGCUGCUGUGCUGCUGAAGAUGCGCAGGGAGACGGGACUCCGGAUCGACAACCUCUGGGGUUUGGGCGGUGGCCAGAGACCUGUCAAUCAACUCAUAAAAGAGGUGAAUCUGCUGCUGAAGGAGUACGUGCUGUCAGGUGACGUGGCGGAGGCUGAGUGUUGUCUGCGGGAGCUGGAGGUGCCUCACUUCCAUCACCAGUUUGUCUAUGAGGCAAUAGUCAUGGUUCUGGAGUCCAGUGGAGACACAACCCUCCGCAUGAUCUUGAAGCUGCUGAAACCUCUCUAUGACUCUUCAGUCAUCACCGUGGACCAGAUGAGACGGGGGUAUGAGAGAGUGUAUAUGGACAUUGCUGAUAUUAACAUUGACGUCCCAUGUGCGUACUCUCUACUGGAGUACUUUGUGGAUCAGAGUUUCAGUUCUGGAGUCAUCGACAAAAACCUCAGGGACCUCUGUCCAUGUCGAGGGCAGAAAAGGUGUGUCAGUGAAGAUGACGUCUAUGUCAAACUUGAAAACUACUGAUGUCGACGUGACCCAGGAAAACACCUGGGGCCCAUGGCCUUCUGGAAAACUAGCGCUACUCUUUGAAACCUGCAUACUAUGUGUCCUAGAGGUUUAGGUAGAGCUUUCCUCCUGUUUGUUAAGAAUAUUGAGCUUACACAGGGAAUAUGACCAAGGAACAGAAAAAGCGCUUAAAAACUGAAGGAAAUGUUUAAAAACACACACACACACACACACACACACACACACACACACACACACACUCCUUCAAGGUGACCAAGAUAAGCUAACCUAGAAAGUGCCACUUUAAAAUAACUGGGUCAUUCCAUGUUUUGUAUUCACUGCCACUCCAGGGGCAUCCAGAGGCAUAUGCAGUUAGUCACAGUCUUAAGUUUAGGCAGGUGUGGUGGGGUCAUCUGCUAACCUGCUCCCCUGCCCAUGAUGCUUGACCCCUGGCUUGGAGGAAGUUUGACAAAAAAUUAAAAACCCUACCCAUUUCAGCCUAAAAUGAUCAGCCAAGACAUGUCUAGACGUGACCCGGUCUCGUUUCUCAAGUUUGUCUCUCAGGUCUGUUGCAUUCACGUUGGUCAUGUUCACAUUAGUGACAUGUCUGCACAUCCAGGUGCCACCCAAAAUCUGAAGGCAGAACUGAACAGAAAGUUAGAACGGAUUCAGAUUAUAUGGUCCGUUUUUUGUUUUUUUUAAAUAUUGGUUUAUGUUGGCCAACCUACAUCUUUUGAGGCAAAUGUGUGACUUCAGUAUGUGGUUUGUAUAAAGCUAAUUGGUUAUCUUGUCACUCCAGUGCAAAACAAAAGAAGCAAAAUCAGGGCACCAAACGUCUUGGCUAAUUGACUAUAACAGGCAAGUUGGAAAUGUUUCCAUUUUUUUUCCCCUGAAACCUUUCCUUUAUUUAAAAAAAAAUCUGUUAACUAAAAAGUCUCACUUUCGGAAAUAUCUUCAAAUUCCCCAGUGGGCAGUGUUUGUAGGGUUGGGUUGGGUGGGGUUGGCUGAGAGCUGUAUAGAGGGAGGCUUGUUGGUUUAAAGCUUCAUCUCCCAUUGGAUUGAACUUCCUGUCUAGUCUGAUGUAUGUAUGUUUGUUUGGUUUGUUUUUCUUGUCUCAGUUUAAUGAUGUCAUUACUGGAUGCAACUAAAAAGGCAAUACAGAGAAAUGUGAAGCAAUUGGAAUGUCGUCACAAAUUGCUGUCAACAUAUUAUUUUUCUAUUUCACAACUUUGCCAUGUGUAAUAUUUACCAAAUGUUCUUGCUUUGUUUAAAAUGGAUAAGGAAUAAAAACAUAAAUGUGUUGACAUUACUUAUGGCAAACAUUGACAAACUGCUGCUCAUCUCUCAUGAAUUAUAUUUUCAUUUAUUCAUGUAAUGAAUGCUUUUAAGUAAAGGAAUCCAGUAGCAUAUUUAAUACAAAGCUAAUUAAAACUGUCCAGUUAGUAUAACA